AUGGUCUUCAAGCCCUUCAAACCUCCUUCAAUAAGGAAACCACCGACAAAGACACCGGAUUCUUCUGCGGACUCGAUCACCAGCACCAGCACCAGCACGAGAAGCGAUGAUGGGCCGCCGACGAAGCGUCCCAGGCUCUUAUCUCGGACGUCGAGCGCGCUUGGAAAUGGGAUUCGCACAGCGACGACGCGCCCUGCGUUGACAGGGCAGAGGAAGCCGUUGUUGCAGGUUCGGAAUGAGGUUUUGGGCUCCGCGGUUUUGGCGAAUGGGAGUGGUGAUGCUGAUGAGGGAUACCAGGGUGAGGAGAAGUAUUUCAACGUGCUCUGGCGAAAACCAACCGCGAAGAAGAACAAAACCUGGGACGGUGACGGAAUCAUCUCGACCCGCGACGGCUACGUCUACCUGCAGGAUAUCUCGGGGCGGGAAAUGGGUAGGGUCAUGUACAGUUCAUCGGCACUGAAACCGGGCGUUAUGCUCUCGAUUAGCGGCAAGGAGGUCGAGGUCGAUUCCAAGAUUGAAAGAAAAGAGUACCUUUCCGGCAAGCGGCAUUUACCGGCGAAGAAGGAGGAGGUGAAGCGGUCACAUUCGCAGGAGGAGAUACUGAUAGAUGAGAAGCCGGCGCCGCCGAAGAAGGCUUAUGUUCCGCUACUCGGAAAUCGGACUCGGAAUGCAGCGUCGAAACCCUCGACAGCAAGGACUCAAACAAAAGAGAGGACAUCAAUUUCGAGUGGGCUCAAGCAGCCAUUGCUUGAGAGUACGAUUAUGCCUCCUCCUCAAUUGGACGAGCCGACACCGCGCCAUGAUCCGAAACAACCUGGUGCGCUGAUUAUGCAGCGGCCGGACUCGGUGCCCAAGGGGAGGCGGAUUGUGGACGUUGUUGUUGAUCCUCUUCUCGGUAAACACUUGCGGCCGCAUCAGCGUGAGGGUGUCAAGUUUCUCUACGAAUGUGUGAUGGGCAUGAGGUCGUUCAACGGCGAAGGCGCGAUUUUGGCCGACGACAUGGGUCUGGGGAAGACUCUACAGACGAUAACUUUACUAUGGACGCUGCUGAAGCAAAAUCCCAUCUACGAGGCUUCUUCCGUCAUCAAGAAAGCGCUAAUCGUGUGCCCGGUUACUCUAAUCAACAACUGGAGGAAGGAGUUCCGGAAGUGGCUGGGCAACGAGCGAAUCGGCGUCUUUGUCUUUGAUGAUAAGAGGAAACGACUGACGGAUUUCACAAUGGGCAAGGCGUAUAGUGUGAUGAUUGUUGGGUAUGAGAAGCUUCGGACUGUUCAGGAAGGAUUGGCACGCGGCAAUGGAGUUGAUAUCGUCAUUGCGGAUGAGGGACAUCGGUUGAAGACGCUACAGAACAAGAGUGGACAGGCAAUCCAGUCGCUGAACGCGACGAAGAGGAUUAUUCUCUCCGGUACUCCGAUUCAGAACGACUUGAAGGAAUUCUUCGCUGCCGUGGAUCUUGUCAACCCUGGUGUUCUGGGUUCGUUCAAGUCCUUCAUUAAGGAAUUCGAGGUUCCAAUUGUGAGGAGCAGACAGCCGGAAGCGACAGAGAAAGAUAUUGAGAAAGGAGAGGCGAGAAAUGAAGAGCUCCGGGAGCUGACUUCGAAGUUUAUGCUGCGACGGACUGCAGAUAUCCUCGCCAAGUAUCUGCCUCCAAAGACGGAGUACGUGCUGUUCUGCAAACCGACCAAUACACAGGCAAAGAUAUACCAGAGUGUGUUAGAGUCACAGGUCUUUCAAUCCGUGAUUGGCAGCUCAGAAAGCGCCUUGCAGCUCAUCACGAUUCUUAAGAAGCUAUGCAACAGUCCAUCUCUACUCUCGCCAAAGAACGGCGAAAACGCACCAAGCGAAACAAUCGCCGCUCUCCUCUCCUCUCUACCCCCAAACCUCCUCCGCCACUUCUCACCAUCCACCAGCGCCAAAAUCCGUGUCCUCGACCAACUCCUCCACCACCUCCGCACCUCAACCUCGGAGAAAAUCGUCCUCGUCUCAAACUACACCUCGACCCUAACCCUCCUCGCCAACCUCCUCUCCUCCCUCUCCCUCCCCUUCCUCCGCCUCGACGGCUCAACCCCGGCCCAGAAACGCCAGGGCCUAGUCGAGGACUUUAACCGCCUCCCCGCAAACCUCUGCUUCGCCUUCCUCCUCUCGGCAAAAGCCGGUGGCACAGGCCUCAACCUCAUCGGCGCCAGCCGCCUCGUCCUCUUCGACGUAGACUGGAACCCGGCAACGGAUAUCCAAGCCAUGGCGCGCAUUCACCGCGAUGGCCAGAAACGGCCGUGCCAUAUCUAUCGGAUCUUGCUAAAGGGCAGUCUCGAGGAGAAGAUCUGGCAGCGCCAGGUUACGAAGUUGGGUCUUGCGGAUAGUGUUAUGGAGCACAAGGAUAGUGUUGCGCAGUUUUCGCGCGAUGAGCUGAAAGAUCUGUUUCGGUUGGAUGUUGAGAGUGUUUGUCAAACGCACGAUCUUUUGGCUUGUUCUUGUCGGGGAAGUGGGAGUACCGCUGCUCCAUCUGGAGCUAGUUCGCCGAGAGACCUGGACGAAUCCAUCGCUCCUCCUGCUGGAGAGAAUCAAGACGAAGUCAAUGAUACCGAUGAUGACGAUGACGAUAUAACUUUCCCGGACAUUAACACCCUAAUGAAAGCCUCAGAUGUCGACAUGGAAAAACAAGAACGCCGCAUCGCUUCGAAAAUCCGCGCAUAUUCCAAAUCGAAAUCGAAAACAAGCUCCAACCCACAGCACACCUCUACGACAACGAACCCCGCCACUAACAGCAAGCAAAAAAUCCAAGAAACCCUCUCCGCAUACGCCCACAUCGACCCGGCUUUCUUCCUCUCCCCGACUCUUGACCAGAAACUGAAUCCGGACCCGGAACAGCAGAGUCUCGAGCAGCUUAUCGAUGACGAGGUGUUGCUCACGUUACUCAAGGAUGAGGAGAACCGUGUCGGGUUUUUGUUUAAAAAGUCGACGAAGCCGGAGAUUAAAGAUGGCGAUGAUGCUCUAUCUCCUGUUACCGCUGAGUCGGAAUCUGCGACGCCAGUUCCGACUGCGAGUCUGAGUCGGUCUGUAUCUCGGGUUAAGAGUGGGAGUGGGAGUGGGAGUGCGAGUGCGAGUCGAGCUGGGUCUGGGAUAAGAUCAGGAACUGCGGCGUCGCCGGUGGAUCUGUCGGAUUAA